CUUCUUACUUUCUUGUGCAUUCAUAACUCAUCCUUUCUCUAUCUACAAAUAACUCCAAAAAUAUCAAUCUCUCUCCCUUCACAAAAACCACAUAAAAAGGGUUGAAAGUCUCAAUCUCUUAGCUCAAGAAUCUCCUUUGUGGGUCUCUUCUGUUCAUCAAUGGAUGAGAAAGGAAGAAGCUUCAAGAAGAACAACAUGGAAGACGAAAUGGACCUGAAGAGAGGUCCAUGGACAGCUGAAGAAGACUUUAAGCUCACCGAUUACAUUGCUACUCAUGGAGAAGGUCGAUGGAACUCUCUUUCUCGUUGUGCAGGACUCCAACGAACUGGUAAAAGCUGUAGACUACGGUGGCUAAACUAUCUCCGCCCUGACGUUCGCCGUGGAAACAUUACCCUCGAAGAACAACUCUUGAUCCUCGAACUUCAUUCCCAAUGGGGCAAUCGAUGGUCAAAAAUCGCCCAGUAUCUACCGGGAAGAACAGACAAUGAGAUCAAGAACUAUUGGAGAACGCGAGUGCAAAAACAUGCAAAGCAGCUUAAAUGCGAUGUCAACAGCCAACAAUUUAAAGACACGAUGAAGUAUAUGUGGAUGCCUCGGCUUGUCGAGAGGAUCCAAUCUGCCUCGGCCUCCGCCGCAUCAUUAAUCUCGACCACAGGAUCAGCCACCACGUCAUCAUGCAUCACAACUUCUAACAAUGAAUUCAUGACGUAUGAUUACAACAAUAACAACUCCAUCGGAGAACGACUUGGUGUAAUGAACAACAACAAUUAUAUCACGCCGGAAAACUCCAGCGUGGCAGUGUCUCCGGUGUCAGACUUGACGGAUUACUACAACGCUCCAAAACCGAACCCGGAUCAGAAUUUGGUGGGUCCACAAAUGUUACCGGAUAAUUAUAUCGAUUAUUCUGGAUUACUAGACGAAGAUUUAACAGCUACGCAUGAGCAGAGUAACCUCGACUGGUUUGAAAAUAUUGAUGAAGUUGUUUCUUCUUCUUCAGAGAGUUUAUGGAACAUUGGAGAAAGUGAUGAAGACUUCUGGUUUUGUCAGCAGCAACAACAGUUCAACAAUAAUAACGACUUCUGAAUACAGAUUAAAACAAACUAGGGUCUUUUAAGUAUGUAAAAGGUAUUUGUUCAAGGGAGUAAUUAAGGAUAAGGACUGUGUUUACGAUAAUUAAUUAUGAUAUAUGAUCAGCUUUUUUAUUCCAAGCUUGAUCAUAUACCAUGGCGUUUAACAAAUCGCUUAAUUUGAUUAGUUUUUUUUUUGGGGUGGGGAUUGUAAUGAUAUUUUGUGGAUAACUCCUAAGUAUGGAUGAAGAUUAUUUUA